CUAGCCAAUUAACAAAACUUAGCGACAGAACUCUGAGACACUGUUAAAUCGAUGGCAUAAUAAGGCACUCGCUUUCUCUCUCUAGGGUUUGCUUUCUCUCUCUAUUUAUGGAUGUAACGCUUUGUCUCUCUAGUUGUCGUUGAAUCAUUCGAGAGAUUGCGAACGUCUGUGUUCGUAGAUCAACCCCAUCGAUCUGGUUUUUCACCGAAUUGUUUUGGAUCGGAGGUUAGGUUUUGUCGUUUUCGAUCAUGUUUUUGUUCGAUUGGUUCUAUGGAAUUCUUGCAUCACUCGGUCUCUGGCAGAAGGAAGCUAAGAUCUUGUUCUUAGGUCUUGAUAAUGCCGGCAAGACCACUUUGCUUCAUAUGUUGAAAGACGAGAGAUUGGUUCAGCAUCAGCCAACCCAAUACCCAACAUCGGAGGAACUUAGUAUCGGGCAAAUCAAGUUUAAAGCUUUUGAUUUGGGUGGCCAUCAGAUUGCCCGAAGAGUUUGGAAAGAUUACUAUGCAAAGGUUGAUGCUGUUGUGUACUUGGUGGAUGCUUAUGACAAAGAGAGAUUUGCCGAGUCGAAAAAGGAACUAGAUGCUCUCUUGUCUGAUGAGUCAUUGGCAACUGUUCCCUUCUUAAUUUUGGGUAACAAGAUUGAUAUCCCUUAUGCUGCUUCCGAAGACGAGUUGCGUUACAGCAUGGGUCUGACUGGUAUCACCACAGGGAAGGGGAAGGUAAACUUGGCAGACUCAGCUGUCCGUCCAAUUGAGGUGUUCAUGUGCAGCAUUGUCCGCAAAAUGGGCUACGGGGAUGGCUUCAAGUGGGUUUCUCAGUACAUCAAGUAGGUAGUAGGGAGGCAAUGGGAUAUAAGAUUUGGUUAUUGUUUUACGAGUUAUUUCCGUACUGGACUUGAGUUGGACCUGUUGUGUGUUUGAAAUCACUAUUGGUAUAUUUCCCUUGUUCCAGUUUUUUGGUGAAAUGACAAACAUGCUGCCCCCCUCCCUUCUACUAUUUUUUUUAAUGAUGUGGUGCCAAUGCCAAAUGAUUGAUGACUUUGUGACCAAAAAUUGGAGAGGAACUUCAUUUCAGGGAAGUUGAUAACCCAUUGUUUUCUGCUGUAGACUUCAUCCCUGUGCGACAUAUUUUCAGUUUUUUAUUAGCAUUUCCCAUUAAGUAAUGGGUGCAUGAGUUUCUAGUUUGAAGAUUACUUAUAAAAUGAACCUCUUAUAUGAACACUGAAGAUUA